GUAGUAGUAUUCUGUUCAUCAGCUACAACUUGAAUCCUGCUAACAUCUGGCGGGGUUACCCCGCGAUCUGCACCGCAUCCAUCAAAAAAAAUGACAGACCAACACAAAAUGUCCGCAGUUCAUCGACUAGCUUCAAUGACCAUCACAUUUUUUCAAAGUCAUGCGGGGAUUUCCGAGCAGUCAAUGAGUCAAAUCCUGCAACAAUCCCCUAAGGGAUCAAAUUUUCACACCCAUAGCCGGGGCCAGAUCAAGUAGUAGCAGGAUGGGCAUGCGACAGCUCUCCUUCUCCAUCUGUCAGGCCCACCUCGUGCAGCGCAAGUCUUCUGACACGGACCUCUCUCGGACUCGCCUUUAUUCCGCCUGUGAGUUUACCCAGCCUUCUCUCCCCUCUUCUCCCCUCUCCCGUCCAUCGGGUUACCGCUGGUGGCUUGCAGCAGACAUGAAAGAACGUGGGGUGGCAAGCAGGGCCAUGGCUCUCGGAUUGCCAUGUCCGAGCUCAAGCUUGCCCGGCAAGAUGUCCGAGUGCGUACAUUGAGAGGACCGACUGCGGUAGUUGAUGUAUCUGCUGCCCCCUUGCUUUAAGUUGAACGGGUAGACUGGGAUACUCGGUACAAAACUAUAGAAUGAGUCAUGG